AUGAAAAGCGAGCAAAGCUGCGUGAAGACGCCUGCGACGCUCCGGGAGAUCAAAGAUCUGCUCCAAAAAACGGCGCACGGAGAAGAGGAUGCCCCGGAGAAGCAAGACGAAAGCAAAUACGUCGAUUUGGAAUUAGUGGACGUUGACACAGGCGGUACAAAACCAGAGAAAGACUAUUGCUUUGGUGAAGGAAACCAAAUGUCUGUUCUUAUUAACAACAGCGGUGCCGGAGCUCUGCGCGCAAGGGAAACAAACCAGAAGUUGGCGAAGAAAACCCAUGUUGAAACUAACAUGAAAGAGGACUCUGGAGAUGGGACACGUGUAGGAGAAAUCACGGAGGGUCCCUCUGAUCCACCUUCAUCAUCAUAUCUCCGCUGUCUUAACGCAAAGUCAGAGGAUUGCUUCAAAACAGGAGACAAAAGCGAGCGCAACAUUACGCGGAACGACGUGUCCAAAAUAGAAGACAACAGAAAGACACAAAGAGAUGAGGAAUUAGACUGUGGUGAUAAUGAUCUGAGCGGGAUUAAUGAGUCGGAUGAUUAUACGGAGGAUGAUGAUGUUAUUUUGGUGCUUUCCGACCACUGCUUCCCGGGCGUAACGGAAGAUGAGUCUCAUUACAUUACCACGCACGAGAUCCAGCUCUCGGAGCUAUCUGACCACGAGGAGGAUUACGACCUCGGGGUGGGCUCCUCCACCAGCUGGGACACUGAGGAUGCCAACCAGGUGUACUCUUUUGUCGAUUACGCCUCUUUUGACGGUGAUGGAGAGAGGGGGGACAGGGGGGAUGGCCACCAGCCUCCUCGCGCUCAGGGCGCAGCAGCAACAGUCAGCACUCUGCUGGAAAGUGAUCUGUGCGACGCGGCCAAAUUCACCAGCUCAGAUGAGAGUUUAUCAAAGCUCCAGGAGCAGCAACAGUGCAGUGGCAACAGUGCAGGACAGAUCCACCUGUCAAUCAGCACCACUUCUCGGGCUAUAAAUGACCCUAGCAACAUCCGAGAAAAGGAAAAUAUCCUUUAUCAUGCCAGGCGCGCUGGGGAUACGAGUCAAUAUGUUUUUAGAGGAGUAGAUGGGAAGGCAGGGACGUUGAGUGACAGGGCGAAGUGUUUCAUAGCCGCGCCCGGGCGCUUACACUUUGGCCGCAAAUUGAGGGGAAAAGAGGUCACCGAGUAUUCCAGCGGUGCCUCCAGCGCUGAGCUAGACGACGCUGACAAGGAGGUGCGCAACCUGACAGCCAAGGCCUUCAAGAGCCUGGCUUAUCCUUACUUUGAUGCCAUUAAUUUCAGCACCUCCAGUGAGUCAUCUACAUCAGAGCACGGGAAAGGGAUAAACAGGUGGUCCACGUUUGUCGACCUGAAAUAUGGCAAUAUGAAUAUUUCACAGGGACUGGACAAACAUGUUAUUUCCCAUCAAAAUUCAACGGCUUCAUUUGAAAUAGCCAAAAAUAUAGAUAAAAGAGGUUGUAAGGACAUAGCUCUGGCAAAUAUCAAACCGCCCACCAGCAAGAUCUUCACUCUGAAUGGGACCCCCCACAACGCAUCGUCAUCUUCAAAGCAAAUAGAGCUGAUGGGGAAAUUUAGUCAGGGCCACAGUGGAGUGAUUAGACUCACAGAGACUCUGAAUUUUCGUUGCAAUGUUAAAUCGGGGAUGCCAGGGGGAGAAAGGCACACUAACUUUUCACAAAACGCAGCAGGAUCACGUUCCACGGAUGAAGUUACCAACAGUUUGCCGAGCGGCCAGAGGAGAGGGGCCAACAAGUCCUCUAAAACCAUGGAAGACACACACAAGAAAGCCAUAUUCGCAUCGAGUCUGCUCAAAAAUGUAAUUUCUAAAAAGAUGCAGUUCGAACAGGAGCGCAAAAUGGAAAGAGGGGAGAUAAGUGAGACACACCCGACGCCUUCCCCGUGCUUUGCGCACCAGGAGAGGGACAGCCACAGGGAGAAGGGCAGCGGGGAACUGCACAGACAGAGCUCCAGAUUUUCAGAGAGCAGCUCUGACUACACUAUAAUGUGCGUGGAUGAACUAGGGGACAUCGUGGACAGUGGCUCAUGCAAGAGCGACCCUCGAAGACGAGACACAGCAGCUCCCGCACCAGAAACUAAUUUGGAACCGACAAAUGAAGACGGAAUCGAUACUAAAAAAAGCGCAUUGGAAGCGUCCAAAAGCACAUUGCUACGCAGCCAAAAUAGCGCGUUCAGAUGUUGGAAGGACGAGGAGCUAGAGUUUCAAAGGGAUCAUAAAAACGACAAAACUCUGGAGAAGUCGCCUUCAGCUAACGACAAAGAGAGUGAAGGGGAUCUGUAUUCAGUGAGAGGCGGGAAACUGACUAAAAUGUCACAUUUGUUUGUGCCAAGUAUCCAACUGCUGUCAAGUGAAGGAGAAGUGGGACAUCAGCGCCACAACAGGAAUUAUUCUCCACAUGGAGACGGAGGAGGGACACAGCUUCGCUCUGACAACACGCUGUACAUCGCAAACCCCAGGAGUGUGUCUACGUCUAAAUCUCCGGAAAUUAAAAUUAAUUUAAGAAGCGUCAGAGACAAUACAACGGAGCCUUUUGGCGUCUCAAAACUGCGCGCUCCUAAUAUAGGCUGUAACGCAACCAGCCUCGUCAGAACAGAUGACUUCAAAUGCCAGGCACUGGGUACAGCUUUGAAGGGUGAGUCGUCAGAUAAAGUGCCGCAUUUCAUGGUAAGAGACAUUAGAGAUAAUAAAGGAAAGCUGCAGACGCCAAUACACCAAGUGAGAGACGUGCGUAAAUUGGUUAAAAGUUCCUAUCACUUUGUUUCUUUGGAUAACAACGACAGUCAUUCAGAGCAAAAAAGCCAAAUGUCCCAUCGAAAUCCUAAUUCUGUUUCCCCUAUAGUGAUCAAAUGUCAGUCUGUGAAUACAAAUAAUAACGGAAAAUGUUCUGGAAAUCUUACUGAGUUAUCGAAACAGGAACAGCUUGACGUGGACAGGUUGUCUCCAGAGGGCGCUAAAAAUGUUCCGUUGCAAAGGGCAGCAGGGAGAGCACCCAUAGGUUACUCCAAUAAUUCCUCAGAUGAAGUCAUUGGUUUGCGAAUUGAAAGCAGAGCAGCUUCAAGGAAACAGGAUAAAAUAUCAGAUAUCACAGAUAAGAAACCUGAGUCUAAGAUGGCAAACCAGGGGGCUUUGGAAAAACUCCAGGCUGCUGUGAAAACCAUGGAGCAGCUCUAUGUAUUUGAAAGAAAUGAAUGGAAAAGGAAGAAUGAGCCGCAUGUCCUGACAGACAGUCACGUGCUUUCACUGAUAGCCAGUGAAGAACAUGGAGGACAUGAAGAGGAGGGGAUGAGAGUGGACAAGAUGGUCAGAAGAGACUCCUGUCCCUACAACAGCAAGACGCCACCAGCAAAAGCAGCGUCCCCCAGCACUGACAGCCUACUGAGGCAAGAGGACCCCGCCAUGAUCUUGCAGACUCAUGGCAGCCAUGAUAACAGGCUGGUCAAUAAGUCAAUUCCAACCACUAACACCACAAGGGACAAAAACGUGUUCAGCCUCAGCUCUAGCCUUACGGCCUCCGCAAUGGGAAAGACACCCCAGCCAAACACCAUCACACAAACACCUUUCAGCACCAAAAGCUUUGUGCCAAAGUCCCAUAAACUACCAAUGUCCUUAAAAAUCAGCCAGAUGGCACUAAGUGGAAAUGAAGAAGUUGAAUCAAAGGAGGUAGAGAGGUCCACACAAGAGCUCUUGAGCGCUGCAGCUGACAGUGAAAACUACCUAACCAUUCCUGUCAAGUCUCAGACCAGCAGCAACAAACAAGCCUCGGCUGCUGAUAAAACAUCAGUGUACACAUUUACCCCCCAGACACAACCAGCCACUCCUUCAGGACACUUGGGAUCCAGCGCUAGGGGUUUAGAAGAUCAUAACCAGUCCCCUAAAAGCAUAGUGAUGGACACGUGCUUACCAGAGAGCCCUUCUGCUACCAUUUACCACACUUUGCCAUUAGGCAUGGCCACCAAUCAGCCUCAGGUCUACUGCUUCUCUCCAGCCAUCACCCCUGCUCCCACUCUGGACACCUUCCAGACCACCCAGAGGAAGAUGCUCCUGGAUCCUACCACUGGAAACUACUACCUGGUGGACACUCCUGUGCAGCCAGCCACUAAGCGCCUCUUUGACCCUGAAACAAGCCAGUAUGUGGACGUUCCCAUGCCGCAACCUCCUAUGACCCCGGUGCCCAUGCCGAUCUCACCUUUGGCCCUCAGUUCAGGAGCUUAUGGACAGACCUACAUGAUCUACCCAGGCUUCAUGCCAACACCAUCUGUGAUCCCGGCUCGGACGCUGGUGCAGUCGCAUAUGUCGAUGCAGUCAGAGGUAGACAGUGGAGACAAAGCCUUGUCACAGCAGCCUGAGGGCAUGUACAUUGAGAGCCCCUUCUACAUGGCUACUGGAAGGUCUUCCCAGGUGGCCUACGCGGCUCAACAGCAGGCCACCACCAACAGGCCACCACAGGGCUUCCCCAGUGUCAAGCAGCCGGUCAUCAGCAUCACCUCCCAGCAGGGGCCGAGGAUCAUAGCUCCGCCUUCGUUUGAUGGCACCACCAUGAGCUUCGUGGUGGAACACAGAUGAACAGCAGCUUACCUGGACAGGACUGAGCUUUGAGUGACUGCUGAAGGUGAUGGCCCUCGUAUAAAAGUGCUCAUUUACAUCCUGUGUCACCUUUUCUAACUUGUAUAAGAUGUAUAUAUUAAAGUUUUUGUUUCAUAACACCACAUUGUAAGAAUUUAAAAUAAUCACUUAAUUUGUACACCUAUAUUUCAUUUGACUUUGGUUGCACAAUAAUCAGUCACCCCCUAAACUAAUCAAUCAGGAAAUUGUCAAAUGAUUGCAUAACAACUGUUGCCAUGUCUUGUGUGUUGAUUUUUAUGCAGUGUCACUAUUAUGGCUUUAAAAUGCACAAAAGUGAGCAUUGUUUUUUUUUUUUCAACAUGUGUUUUUAACUGGUUUUACCUAUAGCUGGAAAUGACCUGCAAACUACUGUACUUUU